AUGCGACUGGUGAAUUGGACAAUCCGAGAUGUGAAGCCGGCACGCCUUGCUAUCAACCCACGUCUUCCCCUGACAUACCAGGCGUUUCGACAUUCGAGUCCCGCGCAUUGCCAUAAAACAUGUCCGGCUUCUUAUCUGCGGUCAUAUGCCACCAGUAUCGAAAGCCAUACUGAUCUGGUCGCAUCCCAUCAUCUUCCUCGAUCCUUGCAAGCACUUGCACUUGCCGAGAAACCGAAGCUGCUCAAGAGCCACGUCCAGGAUGCUGCCUCGUUUGGAAAAUGGCAGUGGCUCAUAAACGAACCGAAACGACUAAGCAUCGAGACAGACUUUGACCGAGAAGGUGCUGCAAAACACUUGGCAAGACCUCUUCUCAUUGACCGCUGGGACCACCAUGGCGACUUCGACCUUUGGAACUGUCUGUUGCAGCACCUUCAGAGGCUGGAAGGUGAUCAAGGCGUACACAAGUUAUGGCGCGCAUUCUGGGGCAGAAGGUCAUUGUACCAACUGAAGAAGGCGUCACAAAAGAUUUUCUGGACCACCAUAGUGGAAGCAGCCCUGCGGUUAGAGGAUGAAAAAUUCCUGGACAGCGUCUACACAUAUGCCGAGUACAUGGUGGAAGUUCAUGAUACGCAGUGGCCAGACCUGUAUAUGAACAUUGUUCCUUACUUUUUGCGCACCGGACAACACGACAAGGCUAUAAAAUGGCACAUGAGGCUCGCUCCCAACUACUAUCCCGGCUCGCAGGAUUUCAUUGCCAUGAUUCGGGAAUUCUCAUUCGAUCACAAACUGGCUGCAUCCUUUACGCUGCAAUCGUUAUAUAUUGCCAGUCCGGAACGGCGCUUUUACGACGCAAUUGUACCAUACCUCUAUGGACGCGGACAGGCAAAGCUUGCUAGAAUGUGGCGGGUGACAUGUAUCAAACAGGAAGACGGGCCUCGACUGCACGCUCCGUCGCGACAAUUUCUCCGAUAUCUACUUGGGUAUUUUUACCAAAUCGAUUUGCACCCACGUGAGGCCGCGGUCGUCAAGGAACAAACUCUACCACGUCCCGAAGAGAGCGAACAGCAAGUGGAGAUAUCUCGAGAGUUCAUGAACCAUGUGCACGGCAAGACCUUUGGCUUUACUGCCAAAACUUACAACGAUCAACUUGGGGCCAGGUGGUUUGCAAGCUCUUGGGUCGGAUUAGAAUUGGCUACAUCUGUGGUCGUUGCUCUUGGAGUCCAACAAAUCGGGCCCCUGUCUUUGCAAUCCAUCUGCCUUCGAGAAGGGACUGCGCAAGGUGUAUUGACGCGGAUCAGGCAGCUCGAGGAAGCUGGCAUCUCAAUACCAGAGUCAGGGUACUCCAAGACCAUCCGGCAUUUCGCCAGGACUGGGGACGAUGAGCUCCUCAUACGCCUUUUGCAAUGCGACAUACACCCAGACGUUUUUGACGAUCUUGAGCUGCAAUCCAAGCUCAUGGCAUCUAGAGCUGCUGCCGGGGACAUGUCCACAUACACCUUGCUUCUUGCAUCGAGAAUGGCAUGUGUUGCCGAUUCAGCGCGGACAACAUCCAACGCCAUGCUUCGCAGUCAUUUGUUGCGGCGCAAUCAUGAAAGAGUCUUGCAUAUUAUCGAUGACAUGCAAGGUGUUGGUAUUCCGCUCGAUGUUGAAUCGUGCGACUUUAUCUUUACUUGGAUAAAACGCCGAGUAGGAUGGCACUCAACUCAGCGAAAUCCACACCGGUUACAAUAUUCAUUGGCUCUAUGCCGGCGGCUCAGCUCUAUGGAUAUCCCCGUCCCAGUUGAGGUGUGGACUCGCAUCGUUUAUGGCCUGGGCCAGGGUCAUUUCUUUGAUGAUCUCUACAACCUUGUCCUGGAAUUGACGGAUUUCUAUACGACGCGGCGCUCGUUGCGUCCUGGCUUCGUACCGAUCAAUAAAGUCGACGUCCCCCACAAAAUCACGAGGCCGUUGAGUGAGGUGGAGAAUCUGAUUGGGCUUUACAUCCCCAUGGAUACUCCAAUGAACCUUACAUUGCACCCUCUCAACCGAAUUUUCUCACGAAAGUGGCAAAGCGACCUUUUGCGGUGGUCUUUUGCGCUGCUUCCUUACCGCCGAGGAACCGACAGCGAGCACCAGCAAGAAAAUUUUCAACAUGCUAUUAAUGUUUUGCGCAGGCUUGAAGAUCGUGGCCUGCGUAUUGACAUUAUGAAAGUACGAAAAGCCCUAUACAUCCGUCUUGCCGAGAUUUUCGGAAUCAACCCCGUGGCAGCCAAGACCCAGCAACAGAGCAGGCAGCAGAACAUGUUUUCAUUGACUCAAGUCAAGACCAUGAUUGAUGAAGCUUGGGGUAGCGAGCUCCUGCCCCCGAUUGAUGAGCUCAAAGUUCAUGUCAGAAACAUGGAUGAGAGAUUGCUCAAGAGAUAUCACAAUUAUUCAGUCAAGAACAAGGACGCAUGGCUGGAGAAGUAUCCUCGGCAAGUCUUGGAGGGAGCGGAGAGCGCUCGGAGGCGGAAACGUACAAUGUUGUAG